AACCAGUCAGUGUGAGUUUAACAGUGGGUUGUGACGGUCGAUAAUAUAUUUCAAAGAAAAUGUAUUCAAUUCAGGUAGACAGAACGUUUCAGCAAAUUAUAAAAAUAUUUUACCAAAUUGGCAUUUGGCAAAACGAUGAAGAGUCGAACUUCCGCAAAACCGGGAAGAAAUUAUUUUACACUUUUUUCGAGGUUGUGUGCAUCAAUGCGGUUGUGUACGUGAAAUUUUUGUACCUUCUUUUUAAGAAACACGAAAUCCUUGCAUUUUUGAACGAUCAGUUCGUUGUUCACGCAAUUGAAAAUCGGCAAGAAUAUGAACAGACAAACGAGAAGCUAAAAAAGUUUGUUAAAUUCAUACGUCCAUAUUAUUUGGCGCUCUUUAUCACGGUUGUUUUGCUCAUUGUUACUAAGUUGCCAAUAUUCUCCGCCGAUAGAGGUUUGCCAUUUUUUAUCAGUUUCUCGUGGAACGAUUCAGAAAUUGUUUACUGGUUGGCGUACUUGUUUGUGUCGUUGUCAACACUCUUGUACGACAUAAUCAACCUAAUUACCAUACUGAUUUGGUACAUGAUGUUGAAUUAUUCUAUCGAGUACGAAUUGUUGGGAAAUAAAUUGCAUGGAUUAGGAGCGAGAAGGGAAACCAUUCAGCCGAUGGUCAAGAACCAGAAAAACAUCGAGUUGCAACAACGAAGCAUGUUCGUUGAAGACUUAAUUGUUGUGAUGAAAGUCCAUCAAAACUUAAAGGAAACAAUAGAGCGAUUCAGAUCAUUUUUCUCAACAUUAUUUUUGGGUCAGAUCACAACCAGCGGCAUUGUUAUUUGUGUUUCAAUUUACAGCUUAGCCUUUGCUUCGAAGGAAAAUAUUCUGCAAACGCAAAUGCAUACGUGCACUUUGCUAUAUGGAGUUUUCGAUAGCUUUUUCGUUAUGUACCUGGCGAACAACAUUACCGUCGCGAGCGACCGUUUAUCUUACUGCUUAUUUGAGUCAAAUUGGAUUGAGCGGACAGAAUCAUGUAAACGAUAUGUUCUUAUCCUGGGUGAGGUGUUGAGGCAACCCCAAGAACUGAUCAUCUUGACAUAUCCAAUGAAUUUAGAAACGUUUAUGACUAUAAUCAAUGGCGCCUACAGGAUGUUCAACAUCUUGAAAAACUUUCAGUGAUGGAACUAGUG